AUGCCAGUUUCAAGCCAGGACAUUGCUCGAACAACAGCUCGGGACCCCUUGCUUUGUAAAGUGAUAGAUUGCAUAAAUGUGGGGUGGCCGGCGUCUGUGACUGAAAACGAUUUGAAGCCUUUUUUUGACAGACGCAACGAGCUCACAGUUCACCAAGGCUGCAUCAUGUUCGGGAUGCGAGUGAUCGUGCCGGCAAAGUUGCGCAACUUGCUGCUGGACGAACUCCACGAAGGGCACCCAGGCAUCGUGCGCAGCAAGCAACUGGCGCGCAGCUACGUGUGGUGGCCGUCCAUCGAGGCGGACCUCGAGCAUCGUGUCAAGGCCUGCGUAAGUUGUCAAGAACAACGUUGCGAGCCAUGCAAAGCGCCCCUGCAUCCUUGGUCUUGGCCGACAGCACCAUGGCAGCGCGUACAUAUAGAUUUUGCUGGCCCCUUUCUGCACGCAAUGUUUCUUGUAGUCGUGGACGCGCACUCCAAGUGGCCGGAAGUGUUUGUUAUGCACUCGACUACGUCGGAGGCUACAGUUGACAGAUUGAGAGAGCUGUUUGCACGGUUUGGUUUCCCAGAAACCAUUGUCACUGAUAACGGCCCGCAGUUUACUUCCGAAGAGUUCAAGCUUUUUGUAAAAGAAUUGGGCUGUCGUCACGUGCUUACAGCACCGUAUCAUCCCAGCUCAAAUGGGCUUGCAGAGCGUUUUAUUCAGACACUUAAAAACGCUCUUCGUAAAUCUAGCGGAGCGGACACAUUACAACUGAGGCUUCACAAGUUUUUGCUUAACUAUCGCAACUCGCCCCAUUCGACAACAAAUGAGUCACCAGCAAACUUGUUACUAGGACGACGGCUGCGAAAUCAACUCGAUGUUGUCAAGCCAGCGGUGGGAGGAAGGGUUGCAUAUAAUCAGUUCAAGCAAUCCGUGGCUCGCCCACGUCGUGAUCGUCACAUAGCAGUCGGUGACCAAGUGAUGGCUCGCAAUUAUCGAGGCAGACCAAACUGGGUCCCUGGUGUUGUUGUGGAGCAGUCCGGCCCUGUGUCUUUUAACGUUCGUGCUACCACACCCAGAGGCAGUUUCACCUGGCGUCGUCACAAGGACCAGCUGCUCGUGCGGACCACGGAUCCGGACCGCGAGGCAUCUGACCAAGAGGGGUACGAGUUCCUGGCGUUUCCACCAAGCGUCGACCCAGUUACAUCCUCCGCUCCUACCACCAGUGGUCCUGCCGCUUCGCAAGAGAUCCAGACGGCGGGUGCAAGACGCUACCCGACUAGAGACCGUCGACCACCGGACAGAUAUCAAGCUGGAGUUUAG